AUGGACACUUACUUUAAAAAUGAAGAUGUACCUGAUGAUCAAAUGGUUAAAGUGGCAAAGACCAAAUUGAAAGGGUGUGCACUUGUAUGGUGGAAUUAUGAACAAGAUGAGAGGAGAAAGAGGGGAAAUUCCAAUAUAACAUCUUGGGAUAGGAUGGUUGAAAAACUGAAAGGUAAAUUCCUUCUUAGAGAUUAUGAAGUUCAAUUGUUUAAGAAGUUGCAAAGUUUAAAACAAAAGGACUUAGAUGUGAAGAAAUACACUGAUGAGUUUUAUAAGUUAAGCAUAAGGGUAGGUAGGGAUGAAGAUGAAGUUGAAAAAGUGGCUAGAUAUCUUGGUGGCCUUAGAUUUAAUAUACAAGAUGAAUUGGUUGUUGCUAACCCCAGAACUGUUGAAGAGUAUUUUCAAUUGGCUCUUAGGGUGGAGGAGAAGAUAGAGAGAAAGCAAGAUAAGUCCAAUAAAGGAAGAGACAGAAAUACAAGAGGAAGAUGA